GCAUUAACCACAUUCCAGAGAGGCGGAGUGCACCCCGUCCACUUCCUCGCAUUCCUUCUCCACAAACGAGUCCCUUGCGCUAAAUUGUGUUUAAAACGUGUUUUGGCGCACUCUGUGUCUUUUAAUGUGUAAGAUGUGGCUGUUAGUGGUGUAUUGCAAUAUUUUCUCAACCUCAAAUUUACAUUUGAGACUCUUUUGGAAAACUGGAGAAAAACUGACAAGGGAAAAUUCCUCCGCGCAGCGCGCCAUUGACUGUAAAGACCUUUCAACUUAACAAAAACUGAAGUUGACAAACGUAACGUUGAAAGUUUGUUGUAAGGGUUUAUAUUUUCGAAGAAAAAGAUCAUGCACUGCUCCGAGAUUUCCAAGCACACUGGCCGUUCAGCAAACAGGCGAGGAUGCCUGGAUUGAGCCUGCGUUUUGUUAUGAUUUCCAAGUGAAAUGCAAUUACUGCUAUCUCUCACUCGGUAGUCGGUUUGUGGACUAGUGCGCGUUUUCUCUGAACUUGUUCGUCGCCUCCGGAGCAAACCAUGGAUCACUAUGAGGAAGAUUUGGGACUCCGGGCGAGUAAAUUAAUGGAGGACCUUUCCUUAUAUGAAGCAUACAAGGAUAGAAUGUACAGUUCAAGGGGAGACAUGGUUAUCAACCCCGAUUUGGAUUUUUCGUCUCCAACGAUACCCGAACAGAAAAGUAAGACAAUGAAUGGCAGCUCUGCGCCUCACCAACAGAUACACAGCGUUGAGAAUUACAUGUCUGGGAAUAAAGUGUACACUGCGGCUCCCGUGCGCCCCGUGAAUGGCAACAGAGCCGUUCCUGUGGAUUAUUGCACCCCUCAAAGAGACACAGUUUAUCCUAAUGAAGACAGCUAUUGCACCAAAUCCGAAAUUGCUUUGCCGUGUUAUAGCGGCGCGUCAGAGCGGCACAGGAGGUACUCCUUGGAGGUGCAGGGGCAUAGGUACAGCACUGGUAGCGCCUACGAUGGAGUGGUUUUGAACAAGCCAGUACCCUCACCUGGCAACAGAUGCAACAGUAUUUGUAUUACCACCAACCACGACGGCAGAUACAAUGCAACCAGCCCGCGGUCCAGUUUCGUAUCCUCCCUCUCCUCCCAGGAGCAAAGCAAACAUGCAAGCCCGAGGUCGAGCAUCAGUAGCCCGCGCACAAGUCUGGUGGUACCCGGGCAAGACAAGUAUACGAGUCCCAGGUCCAGUCUGGUACACUGCGAAGGGAGCAGUGCCCACAGCCCCCGGUCUAGCUAUGCAAGUACAGCCAGCGACACAAGUAAACAUUCCAGCCCAAGGACCAGUCUGAACAGCUAUGACUGCUGCAGUAAGCCCAGCAGUAACCGCACCAGCGGCAUCAGUAUGGGCUACGACCAAAGGCACAUCAGCCCCAGGUCCAGCACAGCGAGCCAGUAUUCUUGUACCACCAGUCCACGCUCUAGCUAUUCAGAUUCGCGUUACAUGCCUGUGGGGAACCAUGAUCUGGAGGGUGCAGUUUUGCAUGGCAUGCCGGUGGCCAGUCCCCGGUCAAGCAUCUGCAGCCAGGAAGGGUGUGCAAGACCCGGGACAAUAGCUAACUGCGUCGUUAGUCCCCGGUCCAGUAUCUCCAGUCACAGUUCCAGAAGUUCCCGGAGCUCCAGGGGAUCUAUGAGCACCUACCCAGAUCUCCAACUGCCUUCACCCAGGUCCUCAAUGCUGGGGACUGGUUUGCAGGAGGACAUACUAACACAAGAUUGUGGCGAUACCAACGGUGUUCAUAGUCGUAUCCAUCUCCAAGCGCUCUCUGGGAUGCCAGAGGCCCUGCCACAGCAUGCACCACAACAGUCAACCCAGGCAGGGAUGAACACAGAGGUGACCGCUGGAUCACCAUCAUCUUCUUAUGGGCUCCAUACGAAAACUCCAGCCUCAGGGCAGAGGUUUAAACUACCUUACCAGGUGACCCCAUGCCGGGAAAGUGGCCCAAGCCAAGCAGAAAGGAGUCUGGAAGCACUCACCUUGGAGCUGGAGAAGGAGUUAGAAAUGCACAUGAAAAAAGAAUACUUUGGUAUCUGUAUCAAGUGUGGAAAGGGUGUGUAUGGAGCCAGCCAAGCCUGUCAGGCCAUGGGGAAUCUGUACCAUACCAACUGCUUCACCUGUUACUCCUGUGGGAGGAGGCUGAGAGGGAAAGCUUUCUACAACGUCAACGGCAAGGUCUACUGUGAAGAGGACUUCCUGUACUCUGGCUUUCAGCAGACGGCAGAGAAGUGCUUUGUAUGUGGUCACCUCAUCAUGGAAAUGAUCCUGCAGGCACUAGGCAAGUCCUACCACCCUGGCUGCUUCCGCUGUGUGGUCUGCACAGAGGGUCUGGACGGAGUGCCUUUCACUGUGGACGUGGAGAACAACAUCUACUGUGUUAAAGACUACCACACGGUCUUUGCCCCUAAAUGUGCCUCAUGCAACCAGCCCAUCCUCCCUGCUCAGGGCUCUGAGGAGACCAUCCGGGUGGUGUCCAUGGACAAGGACUACCAUGUGGAGUGCUAUCACUGUGAGGACUGUGGCCUCCAGCUAAAUGACGAGGAGGGUCACCGCUGUUACCCCCUGGAUUGCCACCUGCUCUGUCACGGCUGCCACAUCCGCAGGCUAAAGGUCCCGGUGCCCGCCCACCCGCCCCCCAGCUACCCACUACACGUCACUGAGCUGUGAGAGGAACCAACCCCAACCCACCGCUGACCCGCCUCCCAGGUGACCUGAGACAACAUAGCAGAAAGAAGAAGGAAUCCCCCGCCCACGGAAUCCCGGGAACUUCAGAACCUCUUCUUGCAUGACAGAACAGAACAGAGAGACCCUGGGAGACUUCGCUCUCUACUUGCCGGCCGUGCCCUGGGGAGAGGAGAUUGAUACAGGGCCAUGGACAAGUCACAAGACCGGGCUGGGAGAUAUUCCACCUCUCUCUCUCUCUCUCUCUCUCUCUCUCUCUCUCUCUCUCUCUCUCUCUCUCAUCAGUUUUUUUUCUCCCUCCUUUCGGUCUGUGAACAGUGAAGCAGGCUGAGGCCCCAGCCCACCCAGAUACCCUGGCUGACGUCAGCACAAUGACCCCUGCACAUUCAUCACAGUGGGGACUGGCCUGGAUGGAGGGAGGGGGCCACUCUCUCUCUAUCCCUCUCUCCAUCGCUCUCUUUUUUACUGCCUUUCUGUUUUCUUCAUUCCUUCGAGCUGAAGCCCUAUGCCAUGAUGCAUUUACUGCUCCUCUGUCAGAGAGAGAGCUGGACAGCGUCUCUGCCAGGAGGCUGGGAGGCCAUGAAGCAGGCCGCUACAUAACAUUCCAGCACUGUCUGGCAGGGUUAGAGGGUUGGACAUGCUGUGCCUUCAGAGUGGCCUUCCACUGAGAAACCUUACCGCAUGGUGACAGUGACAAUGGCACAAUCCAGCUAGCUACGGCUCCUUUUGGCUAUGCAAGGGUACCGAGUCUACCAGCAACAACCGCGCUCCUUCAUGUGACUCUGUGACACAGUCUCCUGUACCAUCCCUUCAUGUGACUCUGUGACACAGUCUCCUGUACCAUCCCUUCAUGUGACUCUGUGACACAGUCUCCUGUACCAUCCCUUCAUGUGACUCUGUGACACAGUCUCCUGUACCAUCCCUUCAUGUGACUCUGUGACACAGUCUCCUGUACCAUCCCUUCAUGUGACUCUGUGACACAGUCUCCUGUACCAUCCCUUCAUGUGACUCUGUGACACAGUCUCCUGUACCAUCCCUUCAUGUGACUCUGUGACACAGUCUCCUGUACCAUCCCUUCAUGUGACUCUGUGACACAGUCUCCUGUACCAUCCCUUCAUGUGACUCUGUGACACAGUCUCCUGUACCAUCCCUUCAUGUGACUCUGUGACACAGUCUCCUGUACCAUCCCUUCAUGUGACUCUGUGACACAGUCUCCUGUACCAUCCCUUCAUGUGACUCUGUGACACAGUCUCCUGUACCAUCCCUUCAUGUGACUCUGUGACACAGUCUCCUGUACCAUCCCUUCAUGUGACUCUGUGACACAGUCUCCUGUACCAUCCCUUCAUGUGACUCUGUGACACAGUCUCCUGUACCAUCCCUUCAUGUGACUCUGUGACACAGUCUCCUGUACCAUCCCUUCAUGUGACUCUGUGACACAGUCUCCUGUACCAUCCCUUCAUGUGACUCUGUGACACAGUCUCCUGUACCAUCCCUUCAUGUGACUCUGUGACAUAGUCUCCUGUACCAUCUCUUUGCGCCAGUACUACUUGGCAUAGCGGAUGUUUGUGGCACCAAAUGCGCUGUCAGUAGCCAGUAGCCACAGCACUAGCCUGGGCUGGCACUCAUUCCACUUAGCAGUCUUAGAAGACGUGACCUCGAGAGAUUCACAAGCAGUGUCUCAACGAUUAUAUAACAAGAUAAAAAGUUAGAAGCACGUAGAUUGUCUUUUAUACAUGCCUAUAUAUUUUGCAGACAAGAUUCUAGAAGUGUAGUGUAUUUUUUUGCUGCGUUAUUAUUAUCAAAUGGAAUCGGAGGCCAAGCGAGCUGUCACAGUCUUAACGGUCCUCUGAAGGGUAUUGGUCCGUUGUUUAAUUUCUCCUCAAGGACACAUGUCCUAGAGGCCUCUGUGUUGUCACUCUGCUUGGUCAUGCGAUCCACAGACCUGUUAACAUGUACAGUUCCACACACUGGUUAUUUGACCCAUAUGGCAGCACUGAGUAAGUGAGUGUCUGACCAUCGAGAGUCCCCACAUAUCCUCCUCAUGCACACGUAACAGUGUCAUACCUACUGGUUGAUCUGAUUGUCUGGUUGGUUGUGGGAGUUGCUGGUCCAACCCAUGUCUCUGGGGAAUCCAUCCCCCGUGUUUUCCCUCGCUGGUUGUGCCGUUGUGUGCAUCUGUGUGUGUGUGUGUGUGUUAGUCUGUUGGUCUAUAGACACUGAGU